AUGGCUGUUUCCAUGAGAGAUUUGGAUCCAGCUUUCCACGGAGCUGGACAAAAGGCUGGACUGGAAAUAUGGCGCAUUGAAAACUUUUGUCCUGUUAGUGUCCCACAAUCCUCUCAUGGAAAGUUUUUUAUGGGCGACUCUUAUGUGAUCUUGAAAACAACAGCCUCAAAGAGUGGUGCCUUGCGACAUGAUAUCCAUUAUUGGCUUGGUAAAGAUACUUCUCAGGAUGAAGCAGGCACUGCAGCCAUCAAGACAGUUGAAUUAGAUGCAGCUCUUGGAGGACGUGCUGUUCAGUAUCGUGAAGUACAGGGUCACGAAACUGCUAAGUUUCUAUCUUAUUUUAAACCGUGUAUCAUACCUCAAGAAGGUGGAAUUGCAUCUGGGUUUAAACAUGCUGAGGCUGAAGAACACACAACACGGUUGUAUGUUUGCAAAGGAAAACAUGUCGUCCAUGUCAAAGAGGUUUCUUUUGCUCGAUCUUCACUCAACCAUGACGACAUUUUUAUUCUGGACACCAAGUCUAAAAUUUUUCAGUUUAAUGGUUCCAACUCAUCCAUUCAAGAAAGGGCAAAGGCUUUAGAAGUUGUUCAGUACAUUAAAGACACGUAUCACGACGGAAGGUGUGACAUAGCUUCCAUUGAGGACGGAAAGUUGAUGGCGGAUGCUGAUACUGGAGAAUUCUGGGCCUUAUUUGGUGGCUUUGCUCCACUUCCGAGGAAAACAGCCAAUGAUGAAGAUAAAAUUUUUGAUUCUCAUACUACUACGCUACUUCGCGUUGAUAAAGGGAAGGCAGAACCGGUUGGGGCAGAUUCUCUGACAAGGGAAUUACUAGAAACAAGUAAAUGCUAUCUGUUAGACUGUGGGCUGGAAGUGUUUGUUUGGAUGGGGAGAAACACAUCUCUUGAUGAGAGGAGGAGUGCAAGUGAAGCUGCAGAAGAGUUGGUACGUGGUCCUGAUCGGUCAAAAUCCCACAUGAUUCGUGUUAUUGAGGGAUUUGAGACUGUAAUGUUUAAGUCCAAAUUCGAUACAUGGCCUGAAGCAGUUGAAGUAGCAGUGUCAGAGGAUGGUAGGGGCAAGGUUGCAGCACUUCUGAAGCGUCAAGGGGUUAAUGUGAAGGGUCUGUUGAAAGCUGAUCCUGUAAAAGAAGAACCUCAACCAUACAUUGAUUGCACAGGAAAUCUGCAGGUUUGGCGAGUGAAUGGCCAGGAAAAGAUUCUUCUUCCUGCUUCUGAUCAAUCAAAAAUUUAUAGCGGAGAUUGCUAUAUCUUCCAGUACUCGUAUCCAGGAGAAGAUAAAGAAGAACACCUGAUAGGAACAUGGUUUGGAAAACAGAGUGUUGAGGAAGAAAGAGCAUCAGCUAUUUCACUUGCAAGCAACAUGGUCGCAUCAAUGAAGUUUCUGCCAGCGCAGGCUCGCAUCUAUGAAGGAAAGGAACCAAUUCAGUUCUAUUCAAUCUUCCAAAGCUUAAUUGUUCUGAAGGGCGGUCUAAGUGAUGGCUACAAAAAGUAUGUUGCGGAGAAGGAAGUUCCAGAUGACACAUAUCAAGAAGAUGGUGUUGCUUUAUUUCGUGUCCAGGGAUCUGGACCUGAUAAUAUGCAAGCAAUUCAAGUUGAAGCAGUUGCAUCAUCUUUGAAUUCCGCCUACUGUUAUAUAUUACACAGUGGCUCAACUGUCUUUACAUGGUCUGGAAGCCUUGCAACCACAGAUGACCAGGAACUUGUUGAGAGGCAGCUGGAUCUAAUAAAGCCAAAUCUUCAGACGAAACCACAAAAGGAAAAUUCCGAAUCUGAACAGUUUUGGGAUUUGUUAGGAGCAAAGGCCGAGUAUUCCGGCCAAAAGAUUGUAAGAGAUGCAGAAAGUGAUCCUCGCCUAUUUUCCUGUGUUUUCUCAAAUGAGAAUCUAAAGGUAGUGGAGAUAUAUAAUUUCACCCAGGAUGAUUUGAUGACUGAAGAUAUAUUCAUCUUGGAUUGUCACUCUGAUAUCUUUGUUUGGGUUGGCGAAGAAGUCAACUCCAAAGAUAAAAUGCAUGCUUUAACUAUCGGGGAGAAAUUUCUUGAGCGUGAUUUUCUUAUGGAAAAAUUAUCUCAUGAAGCUCCAAUAUAUAUCAUCAUGGAAGGAAGUGAGCCACCUUUCUUCACACGCUUCUUCACCUGGGACUCUGCAAAGUCUAAUAUGCAUGGAAAUUCAUUCCAACGAAAACUUACUAUAGUGAAGCAUGGGCGAUCUCCAGUUGUAGAUAAACCCAAACGAAGAACACCCGUAUCUUAUGGUGGGAGGUCUAGUGUGCCAGAAAAAUCACAGCGUUCCAGAAGCAUGUCUUUCAGCCCUGACCGAGUACGUGUUAGGGGCAGGUCUCCAGCUUUCAAUGCACUGGCUGCUACUUUUGAGAGUAAUAAUGCGAGGAACCUUUCAACUCCACCCCCAAUGGUUAGAAAAUCCCAACUGUAUCCAAAAUCUGUGACCCCAGAUACAUCAAAAGUGGCUUCAAAAUCAUCAGCUAUAGCAGCACUCACUGCUGGAUUUGAAAAAAAAGAAAACAAUAUACCAAGAUCACCUAAAGGACCUCCCAAAGCAAAAUCAGAGACAAAUAACAAGGAGACUUGUAUGGGCAGCAAAAUGGAAUCCCUCACGAUAGAGGAAGAUGUAAAAGAGGGUGAAGCAGAAGACGAAGGUCUUCCUGUUCACCCAUAUCAACGCGUUAAAACAACAUCAACAGAUCCUGUUGCAGAUAUUGAUGUGACAAAACGAGAGAUUUACUUGUCAUCAGAAGAGUUCAGGGAGCAUCUUGGGAUGGCAAAGGAUGCUUUCUAUAAGUUACCCAAGUGGAAGCAGAACAAGCUUAAAAUGGCCGUUCAACUAUUUUGAAGCUUCUCGUGCUCUUCAUUUUCUUCAGCUUCCUGCAGCUUAUGUUGCAUGUAUUGGAAUGCUUCCCACCAAAACUGUACAGCUCUUGCGAAAAUAUCAAUUUGAUUAUCUUACACUAGCAACCGGGGAAGCAUUCUAAUUACAGUGCUCAUCUUAUUCUUCCUGCAGUGGCAGUACUCAAUUUCUCAGGAGUGAAAGGGACAGCAUCAGUGCAUUUUUAGCUGCUUCUGCUCCCAAGAAGCUUAUUUUCAUGAUUGGACAGAAACACUUUUUUUUCUCGUCACUUUCCCCCUUUUUUGGCCUUGUUGAGCUGGUUUGAAUGUCUAGGUUUGCAUUUUUCCAUAAGUUAGCUGCUUGGUAUUAUUCUUUGGUCACAGGUUUGUUGUGAGCUUGCAGUUUUGCCUUUCCUUCUCAUUUUUUAUUCAAAAAUUGAUUUUUUUUUCUUUGAGGGUUCAACAUCUGAUUUGAGUAGAGCAAUUAGGGGGCAUGCAGAUGCAUGCUUAGGUUGUAUUGAGACUCUGAGGAAUGGAAGUGUGUACAGCAGUGUAAAAACCAAUUGGCUCCUAUUUUGACAAUAAAGUGUGACUUUUCUC